AUGGCUUCGAUGAUGGGCAUGUUGCCCUCCAUCAAGUGCUCCAACUGUGGCUGCGAUGUUGAGAUCUCGGUGAUGGGCGACCAUGUUCCCCGUUGCGCCCAUUCCAUCGCCGCCCCCUCCGCGGGGUUCGAGUCGCCAGACCAUUUGACGUCCAAGUCUGGCCGACCUGGAGCUCCUCCCCGGAUUGACCCUUCGAUCGCAAAUCGUGCAUUCUUGCAGCCCAAUGUGCCGACCCCUGCCAGUAGCGUCGGCUCUCAUGUUCCGUCUCCUCACUCGAUUGCUUCGGCUCCUCGAUCUCCACGCCCGCACCAGGCCGAGGAUGAUUCGGAUGUGAUCAAUUUGGACUCGGUGCUUUCCUUCCCCAUGCCCGGCAACCGAUCCCCCGCCCGCUUCGGGACACCGGGCCCAAUGGGUGAGGGCACGACACCGCGAUCGAUGCCGCCAGCUCCAUCUCCACGACUAGGACUCGACCAAGUACCGGAAAAUGUGCAGCUUCCUCCCAGCCCGCUUCCCCCGCCCCCUGAACCAGGCUAUAGCCAUCAUCGCAGUGAUUCAGUGGCCAGUCACAGCAGCUAUCGCACCUCAUUCGCGAGCACCCGUUACGCAAGUUCGACGGGGAGAUCGUCAACAAACAGCCUCUCUCGCGGUCUUCGGACGUUUAUGGACGACACGCCGCCGGUGCCCCCAGCACCUCUCCGAACGCCACACAAGGGUUCCUUUUCUCGAGAUUCAAAUCUCUCAGUCAGCUCCUCGUACCGAAGUGACCGGGGUGAUACUUACAGUGGAUUUGAUUUUGGUAUCCCCACUGACCGACAUUCGGGAUUGCAUGAUCUCCCGGAGGAGCACUCGGUCGAUAGCCCCCGAUCCAAUGGGCAAACCCAGGAUUUCCAGCGGUCUCCUCGCACGCAUCUACACCCAGCAGCGGCCGAUUCAAUCAGCUACGCACGGAGGAAGAACUCGGAUGCCACCAGUGACAGUGGAUUGUCUGUCACCAGUUUUGCUCGCGCCCUAGGAUUGGAGGAUCAUGUCAACAAGGCCGAUAGUUCAACCGCAUCGUCGGACUCGUCGCCGUCUGAAACUCGUAGUGGAAGUUCAAUGUCCAGCCUCCCCUCCGACGCAAGUCUUCACCGGCACAAGGCCAUUGACCCACUCAACCUGGGGCCAUUAGUGGAGGAACUGCCGCCACGCACGCGACAGACGAUCUUGGAAAUCCCCGGUCGCGUGCGAAGUACAAUGGAUGAGGUGCCCCCCAUCCCGGCUGCCUUCUUUAGCCCCGACUCGCCCACCGAUCCCUCCAUCAACCAGGGCGGCUUGUCUCUGAUCUCUGAGAAGCCUGAGAAGCGGGCUGAGAUAGCCCGCAAGGAGGUACCAUCACCAAACCCGCAAAGACCUCGAGCCCCGACAUCACCCAUUCCUCGUCCACCAACCCGCUCCAACACACUGUCCUCAACCGGACGGUCAAAGGGGAGGUGCAAGGGUUGUAAUGAGGAAAUUACGGGCAAGUCGAUCUCCUCUUCGGAUGGCCGCCUGACUGGCCGAUAUCAUCGUGGGUGCUUUGUGUGCUUCGAGUGCCACUCGCCCUUCCAAACUGCGGACUUUUAUGUCCUUAACAACCGCCCCUUCUGUGCACAACACUACCACGAGCGCAACGGAUCGCUGUGCUCUACCUGUCACAACGGAAUUGAGGGCCAUUACUUGGAGACCGUAGAGCAAAACCGCGGUCGGUCCGAUCGUCGUCGAUUCCACCCCGAAUGUCUCCAAUGUCGAGCGUGUCGCGUCCUUCUCAAGGGUGAUUAUUUCGAGUGGAACGGCGAAGUCUUCUGCGAACGCGAUGCGCGCCGUGCCGCCGCCGCCUACUACCCACCGCCGCCGGGCCGUCGACGCCCUACGCUGGGCUCCUCGCCCUUGUCCCAAUCACGCGAAUUCACCCCGGGCGCUCACCCACCGCCGUCUCCUGGACCGGGUGCUGGUGGGCUUCGACCCGGCCCGCGUUUCCCAUCUGGGGGUGCGCGACGUUUCCCGGAGCGACGAACCACCAAACUUAUGAUGGUCUGA